GCCCCGCCGUCCGCCUCGGCCCUCGGCGCCCGCAGCCACCAUGCACCGGGGCGGCGGCAGCCCGUCGGCCGCCGCCAACUACCUGCUCUGUACCAACUGCCGGAAAGUGCUGCGGAAGGAUAAAAGAAUCCGAGUAUCUCAACCUUUGACAAGAGGACCAAGUGCCUUUAUUCCAGAGAAGGAAGUUGUCCAAGCAAACACAGUGGAUGAACGUACUAACUUUCUUGUGGAAGAAUACUCUACAUCCGGUCGUCUGGACAACAUCACCCAGGUCAUGAGUCUCCACACUCAGUACCUGGAGUCGUUCCUGCGGAGCCAGUUCUACAUGCUGCGCAUGGACGGCCCCCUUCCUCUACCACACAGGCACUACAUUGCAAUAAUGGCUGCGGCUAGACAUCAGUGUUCCUACCUAAUAAACAUGCACGUGGAUGAAUUUUUGAAGACAGGAGGUAUUGCUGAGUGGUUGAAUGGUUUGGAAUAUGUACCGCAAAGACUGAAAAAUCUUAAUGAAAUAAACAAGCUGCUAGCACACCGACCCUGGCUGAUCACGAAAGAGCACAUUCAGAAACUUGUCAAAACUGGAGAAAAUAAUUGGUCUCUGCCCGAACUGGUACAUGCUGUGGUCCUACUGGCACAUUAUCAUGCUUUGGCAAGCUUUGUUUUUGGUAGUGGCAUCAAUCCAGAGAGGGAUCCAGAAAUCUCCAAUGGAUUCAGGCUAAUAUCAGUCAACAAUUUCUGUGUUUGUGAUCUCGCUAAUGAUAACAAUAUAGAGAAUGCAUCCCUUACAGGCAGCAACUUUGGGAUUGUCGAUUCUCUAAGUGAGCUAGAGGCCUUAAUGGACAGAAUGAAGAGGCUUCAGGGAGAGAGAGAAGAUGAAGAGGCAUCUCAGGAAGAAAUGACCACUCGCUUUGAGAAGGAGAAGAAAGAAAGUCUUUUUGUGGUCUCUGGAGACACUUUUCAUUCAUUUCCUCAUUCAGAUUUUGAAGAUGACAUGAUUAUAACAUCUGAUGUCUCUCGAUAUAUCGAAGACCCUGGUUUUGGGUAUGAGGACUUUGCCAGACGAGGAGAAGAACAUUUGCCAACAUUCCGAGCUCAGGACUAUACCUGGGAAAAUCAUGGGUUCUCCCUGGUGAACAGACUUUAUUCUGACAUUGGACAUCUUCUUGAUGAGAAGUUUCGCAUGGUCUACAAUCUCACCUAUAACACUAUGGCCGCCCAUGAGGAUGUUGACACAACCACGCUGCGCAGAGCUUUAUUUAACUAUGUUCACUGUAUGUUUGGAAUCAGGUAUGAUGACUAUGAUUACGGAGAAGUUAAUCAAUUACUUGAACGAAGCCUGAAGGUUUACAUUAAGACAGUGACCUGCUAUCCUGAAAGAACCACCAAGCGCAUGUAUGAUAGUUACUGGCGUCAGUUCAAGCACUCAGAAAAGGUUCACGUAAAUCUACUUUUAAUGGAAGCACGGAUGCAAGCUGAACUCCUUUAUGCCCUUCGUGCCAUAACUCGGCAUUUGACCUGAAGCAUCGUCAGCCAACGAAAAUGUCAUAUGUGUGUAAAGCCUUUUUUCACACAAGAUAUACAUCAGAAGCUGUUUGUGAUGUAGCAUCAAAAAUUAUUCAAUUCUCUAAUGUCAAAGUUUAGCCGUUCUUUUCGGCGGCUGUCAUGUGCAAUGAUGUGUUUUCUUUUUCUUGAUGCUUAACAUUACUAACAAUAGCAAAAAUAAUACUGAGGAGCACUACUUUGCAUUGUUUUAUAGUUGGAAUUUGGGAUACUGAUCAUAAAUCAUGAACCUGGUUUAUUAAUGCUUAACUUCAGCGCUUUUGGGUUUGUAUGUAUGUUGUAUUCUUUCCUUUUUUUUUUUUUUUAAUAAGGAAAAGCGCUUACAAUCUGCUCAAGCAAUUGUUUUUCAGAUAUUGGAAUUCAGCACAGAAUGGCCUCCUCUGGCCAUUCUAAACUUCUAAUGUUGUGUCCUAAAUCUGGUGGAGGAAAAGCAUGCGCUUUUGAACUAAGCUGCUCACAGGACACAUUAUCUGUGUCCCCAGGAGAUAAUUUGUCAGGCACUGUUUGUGGUUUUUCUUGUUUGUUUGUUUUUGUUUUUGUUUUUAACUGCUAUUGGCGAUAACGUGAAAUGUGAUACAGCCAUUGUCCAUAAUUUAAUGUGAAAUUAAUCAUGAUGAAUUCUAUAGCAUGCUACUGAAAUGCCAAAUUCAGCUGUUUUCUUUCUCUUCUGAAAAAGGAAGUUUCCGUUUUCCAUAUCAGAUGUAUAUAUUAAAAGUGGAAUUAUGCACAAUCCUUUCUAUCACUGACAGCCAUCCUCAGUCACCGAAAUAAUCAGUGCUCACAGAGCUGCUCACAAUUCAUUCAGUUGGCACAUACAAACUUGUCCCCACACAAGAUUGACCAAAAAGUUUCUUUGCACAUUUUUCUUUUCUCAUAGUGUUUUCUAUAUUGCAGUAAGCAGAGGAAGGUUAAUAGACUUGUAUUUUUUCCUGAUAGGCUUUUAGAACUUCUUUCCUGUGGUUUUUCUUACAAUAGGUUGAACAGUUGAAUACUCAAAGGUAAAAAAUUGUGUUUCUAUGCAUUAAUGUGAUCGAACAGCAACAACAACAAAAAAAGUGCAAUAUGUUGGGAAAAAAUACUCUGCUGAACUUUCCCCCCAUUAUGUCAUUGCAGAAGUGUCCUUUUGAACAGAGCCAUAAAGAAAUUUGGUUCCAAUUUCUUUAUCGCACUCAAGGCUUUUGCCUUACUGGGGUUGAACAAUAUUAUUUUCCUAAUGCCAAAGCACCCCCUUCCCCAGGGAAAAAAAAAAUCUCUUUGGACAACUGGUUUAAAAAGAUAUCAAGUCUUAGGGGAGGAAUAAGCAUCCAAAAAGUCACAUUUUCGCAUUGGUUUAUGUUGCUUGAUUAGACUAUCUUCACAGAGCACAACAUUAUGUGUUUAUAGCUUUAAUUUGUAUUGUGUUAAUGAACCAGUGAAGUGCCUAAGAGAUGCUUACAGCUAUCCAGUAGGACACGACUGCACUGCUUAAACACUUUUUUGGUUAAUUAAGGGUGACUUGUACACAAACAUGCUAAUUUUUUAAAAACCGCUCCAUUUUUUUCAUAGUAAAUAAUAUCAUCAAAAUUCUCCAUUAGAGUUCCCACAAAGAUUUCAUCUUAGACUUACUUCCUUACUUGUUAUAUAGGAAUUUUCUCCCAUGAAAGAAUCGUGGAUGAAUGUUUUGUUAGAUCAUUUUGCCCUUGCAUUCAUCAUUCUUUUCUGGUACAAUAUGUUAGGUUGCUUUCUUUUAGAUUUGAUUUCAGAUAAGAAAACAGAAAGAUGACUGUAAACCUACUAACAUGAGGUGGUUCUGCAUUUUUAGAGACCAGAAUCUUGUUUGAAAUCUUCCAUGUGAGGAAAAAAUUACUAAUAUUUUUUAAGAAAGGGUGGUUUAUUUAAAGAUACUAUUCAGAGAAUUCUUGCCAGAUCUCUUCUGUUUAAUUGUAUAUACCAUAUGUUGAUUUUUAUUUGGCAUCCCAUUAUAUGGAUGGUAUUAACUGCAAGGAAAGUAGGAAAAUGACAAAACAUGGAUGAUAGCAUAAAUGUUAAUUUGACUUCCCUAACCUUAGAACUUUCAAGUUGAGGUUAUCUUUUAUUCUUGAUAUUUGGGGGUGGGGGGGCAUGUUAUUUCCUACAACCCUUUCAGUUACUAGCCCUAUAUUGUUGUGCAGGUGACCUGUAUUACAGGAUUAAAAAUGAAUGGAAUCUUUAUAAAUGGAACAGGAGGAGAAAUUCUCAUAGAACACCAUAUGAGCUUUAGACCAAAAGGGGAAACAAGGUGUAAGUAACUAAAAUGGCCACUUAGUUUUUGUCUUUUAUUUUUUUUACCCCAGAAAUGUAAGUAGUUUGAGUUUGGGUUUUGGAAAUAUUAGUGCCUUUCCUAGAUCUCUUUUCUAUCAAAGUUUCUUUUUAGCUCAGCAUUGAUCUAUCUCAUCAGUAAUCAGGAACAUAAGUCGACUUGGAACUUUAAACAAAGACAAAACAAUAUAUUUAUGAACCUCAGUGAACCAGCUAAGAAAAAUUGACUUGCGGAGGUGCUAGAGCACCUGAGCUACAGCAUGCACAGCAUUCCAGGGUGUGAAUAUCAUUUUGCAGCAAGUUUGCUGGGAACGUUCUCUAAUGCAAACUUGAAAUUCUGAUGUGGUUUUCCAGGGUGGUAUUUUUUCAGAGUAUUGAAUUUACUAUGUAGUAAUUUAUAGUAUAGCUUUUUAUAUUAAAAUGUGAUAUUUUUAAAAGAGAUAUCUGGUUCAAUUGGUGUAACGACAUGAUUAUACAAUAUGCUGACCUACACCUUGGAGCUCACAUUGUGCCAAACUUUAAAUGUGCAAGUGUACUUGGGAAAAAAAGCACAUGUGAAUGUGAAUUCUCUAACUUCAUUGCUUAUCAUAUUAAAAUUAAUAACCCACUGAUGUAUAUGCUUGAUUGAUAUCUGUUUACUUACCAGCUUUGGUUGUAAUUCAUAAUUUCCCAGAUCACCUUAGGAAAUACCUGAAUACUCUCCUAUCAGAAAGUGAAUCUGUUCUGUAAGCUGAUCGCUUGACUGUGGGAGUGGCCCAGCAGCUGCCCCAUUCAGCCCUUCAAAUUAGACCUCCUCAGAUGGGCUUGUGAUAGCAGAAAAGAGGCUGAGAUGAGACCACUCAUUACUUUCUUUACUUUUUUGAACCAAGCAUGUUGUCUCAGUCUCUGGAAGAAUCUUCAUCCCAUCUGGGGUACUUUUACAAUAAAAGAUGGCUAAUGUGGAAUCUGGGCCACGGCCUUGGCCUUUAAUUAUGGCAGAGCAACACAGGGCUGUUUUAGAACAGAAAACUCAGUGGAAGCUUUAUAUUAAAACCAUAUUUGAACCAGAGCCCCUAUUUUAAUUGUGUUAUAAAGUCUCCUAAAGUUCUUAAAUUCUUCUGAAGAUUAAAUAACAUUAUUCCAGAGCAGCUUUUUUCCUUUUUCCACCUUAUAGAGUUUUUUAAUCCAAAAUAUAAGAUUUUUAUGCCCAUGCAAAAUAAAAUGAUCAGCAAACAAUUACAGAUCUAUACUUAAAAAUAGCUCACCACUUUAGUGCAGAGUGCAUACAUAGAUAACAGUAAGAUUCUUUUAAACUCUUAAAGACAGUUCAUCAGGGGGAAAAAAUAAAUUUCAGUGCAUGUUCUAAAAAUGAUUUGUACUGUGACAGUAAAAUGAGGUUUUUGUUUUGUGUUGUGUUUUGAAGACAAUUCAAAACCAUUCCUCUGGAAAGCAAGACCUUAAACUCUUCUCUUUAUCUAACAGACUUUUUCUUCUUUUAUGCAAAUAGGCGGUCUUGCAUGGAGUAAAAAGUAUGCAACAGUAAUGUUAUAUGAACAGUAUCUGAAAUUUUCUGGGUAGUAUAAUUCCACAGCACCCUGAAAGACAGGUGGCCCCUCAGUUCAGAUCAAGUGCAAAGUUACUUAAUUUGUCCUCACCAGAAUCUAUUCUUGGUGGCCAUCAUCUUCAUCUGUGUUUCCCUACUGUAUCCCUCUGGAGACUGAGAAUUAAAUUACGGAGUCUUUCCUCAGAACAGUACUGUAACAUGAAUGUAUUCCUCUCAGUCAACAGAACUUAAAUCCCCCCAUGUGUGGAGCUUCUUUCCAUGCUAAUUGGGCUCAGUUAGCAGUGUCCGCUCAGGUGAGACCUAGAACAAAAACAGCUGGGGUUAAAUGGAUCCUAGAGGCAGAGGCAGAGCCCUGUGAAAAGUUUUUCAAAGAACACGUGGAACAUCACACUGAGUGUGGCAGUCCUCAGCAUCGUACACCUGUUGUAAAGGAACAUUCCCCUCUGGGAAUUCCUACCUGCAUUCAAUCCACCCUCUCCUGCCUGCUUUCUUUCCCCCAAGUGCCUCAACCUUCUACAUGCUCACUGUCCCCCACUUCCCUCAGCCUGUCUUGGUCUGCAGGCCUUUUCACAAUCCAAACCAAACAUCACCAGCCACCUGCUGAGUGUCACCAGCAUUCUCUUUUCUGAGUUACUUUUCCUCCACUCAUUAAGAAUAUGACUUCAUCCCAGCCCCGCCUAAGUCCCUCAACCAUCCAGCUACAUUUUGGCUAACCUUUGCCCUGGACACCCUACCAGAUACUAUGCGGCACUGAGCAUAAGCCUGUCCAUCCCAUACCGUUCUACUCUUUCCUGGCUGCCAAAAUAUCAUGCUGUCCUCUACCUCAUCCCCAAAGAGCCUAUAAAUUCAGAGUAUCCAACCUUUUCAUGGAUUUACUCUCUGUUGUCCAAUAAUGCUACUUCCAUAUUUUAAUAAAUCGUAGGAGAUUUUUGCCUUCUAUCAGAGUAGAAGUCUUUAUAUUUAUACAUGAUACAGAAAUGGAACUAUUUCUACCAUGCAGAACUUAGCAUUUAGUGGGACUUUAACAUGAUUGAGUUUACCAUCCUAACCUGGAUCUAUAUUAGGAAAUAAAUACUGGUGUUAGUCCAAGUUAUCUGAAUGUAAAUUUAAGAUUCUCUAGCAAUCCAGAGUGAUCUGUAACCCUUCAGUGGAUCAGGACAUUUCUGGCGUGUAAAUGGGUGGUGUUUCAUUGUUAUUGCUUGGGCCUUGAAACACAUUUCUAAUAGGAGAUAGUAUAAAGGAUGUUGCUGUGGUCCCAUCAGAUCACACGAGCCCACUCAAUACAGAACAUAGAUAAAGUACCACACAAUUGGGCACAUGAGAGUUUGGACAAGUUUUCCUGGGUCAGAUUAAGCUUCUACCCCCCAUUCCUACUGUGUUCUCAGGCGGGGAGAAAAGUAUUUAUGGGAUGGAAAGGGAAUGCAUUGACUUUGUAGUCUUGUCUUCCCCUGGCUGCAUUCCAGGCAUAUCCAGACUGCGUCAUUAAGGAACACGUGCCUAAAGGAGGAAACCACUGUAGUCCCUCUACUCUGGCCAAUGUGCACUCUCUGUGGUUCAGGGAUGACAGCCCUAGUCAGAUUUCUAACAUGGGGCAUGUUGCUCUACCGAUGGCUGUCCCACCUGAUGAUGAACCACUCUGUGUGGAAGUACAGAUUAUGACAACCUGUGAUGGUAUCUGAACGCUUCACGUUCUGUUCAUGAACAACCCAACCUGACAGCAGAGUCUAGUCAAAUGGCUUCAGGGGCCCAGGAAUGAAUCGAUGUCUCAUUUAAGAAAUGAGACUUCAUAAAAGAUGUUGAAGGGAUGGUUUUUAUUAAAUCGUAUGUCCCAAAGUGUUCGUUCUAGCUUUAAAUUCAUUCUGACUUAUCACUAUGAAGCAGAGAAUUGAAAAAGGAAAAAUAAGGGGGUGGGGUGGGGAGAAGGAAUAUCUGAUUUUUUUCCAAUGCUUGUGGAAAUCUUUGAGAUAAUGAAAGGCAUACUAUAAAAUAGCCUUUAGAACAAAUACCCCGUUUGACUUAUAGCUGAUAGGACCACAUCAAACAUUAGUAAGUAUAAUAAAUAUAAUUUUUGGUAUAUAAAUUUUGCUAAAACAGUCUAUUUUUCUUGUACCCCUCAGUUGAACCUCUUAAAAAUGAAUGUAUCAUUUCCACAGAAAGAUUAUCAAAGGGAGAGAGAAACUCUGGUCUUUAAUGCUAAAGUGUUGUUCAUGAAUUCUGAUUAGCUGAGUGUGUGCAUUAUGACACUUAGCAAAUGAAAGUGGCUAUCCAUCUCUUUCUUAAAUUAAUCCAUCUUUACAGAUUUUCCACGGACUUCCAAAUCUCAUAAGUAAGGAUCAAAAGGAGGGAUAAAGGAAACCUAUUGGUUGGGUAGGAAGAUGUUUCCUUUGUGAUGUUGAGAGACUGCUUUCUCCUUUCUGAAUUUCACUAGUUCUCUAAAAUAAAAAGCAGGAGUUCAGUGGUACCCUUGCUCAUCAAGGAAAGUGAUCCAAACUCUCUAUCUAGUAUGCAUUGUCUUUGCAUCCACAGAUCUUCUCUGAAAGAAAAUAUGAUUUUUCCCUUCCUCUUUCUCUUCAUAUCUACUCUUUUCAACUCAAGGUAGACACAGGAAGCAAACCAAGCCCAUUUGGCAUCUUCUCCAUGCUAAUAGAAUAGUCACAUCCACACGCACAAUCUGAGUGAGGUAAAAAAGAACCCCAUCAGGUCAACUCGGAACAUGGCCUUGCUCCUUGGAUUAGCUCCUUCAAACCUGAAAACUUUCCUGGUCAUGGAAGAACUGGAUGUAUCCUUUAGCUUAUGAAAUAGGAUUUGAACUUGAAAUCUCUUUUUAAAAAAAAAAAAAAUCCUGAUUUUGCAGGGCAGCUACAUAAUGAAUGUAUAUAUUAAGACUUUGUAGCUGAAUUGCACAUGAAAUCAGAUUGCCAACUUCUUACUUUCAAUUUUAGACAUCAUUUUAUCCUUCAGUUGUGAGCGAUAUAUGUAGCAUGCUGUGAAAUGUCUAUUAUAGUUCUUUAAUUCAUCAGUAUUAAUACAGAUUUAUCUUUUGCGUUCCUUGGUACUUUUUAUUCAAUGUAAUCAGAAGCUGUGAUGUUUUGCCUUUGUAGUCCUGUGUUUUGUUACUGUAAUUUUUUUUUACGAAGCACGUGACUUUGGACUAAUGUGAGGCAGAUGACAUGAUCUUUAAGACUGCUAUAUAUAUCAGUCUCUUACUAUAUAAGGUUUUCAAUUAGAAUAAGCUUUUAUCAAAUAGAUCAUUGAUGCAAUUUAGGAUUCACACAGUUUUCGGCGUCAAAUGGCAGUCCUAUAUUUAUAGUUUCAAUUCUGAAAAUAGCAGACUUGAUAAACAGCCACUUUAAACUUGUGCUGGCAAACCGGACCCUGCUCUAGAUGUAGUAGUCUAAGGUAGUUAACCAUAUAAGCCUUUUCAACUAUUAUGCCCUCCACGGGAGUCAGCAGUUAAGGAGAUUAUAGAACCCAUGAAAGCUUUUUUGUAUGUAUAAGUAGGUUUUAUUUUUUUCUUAUGUUGCCGAUUUUACAAUUCUGACUAAAGCUGACCUGAAUGGAUCAGUUUAUGUGUAAUAUUCUAGUGCUUUAAUGGCUUUUUUUUUUUUUUUUUGGAGGGAUGGGUAAUAUUAUUUGAAGAGAUGCAGAAGGAACUGUUAGUGGGUCAAGACAAACACAUUUGAAAUAAAGGAACUGUGUAUUAAACAUGUUAACAAUUCAUAACUGCACUUUUUAUGACAUUUUGAAAAUCUAUUUAUAGGUACAGAACAAUGGGUUUUGUUAAACUGUAUCACAUUUAUACUUGCAGAAAUUUAUUUCGUUGUUAUUAGUAGGAAUUUUAUUGGUUCAAUAAAAUUGGCAAAACUGAACCCUGA